CUUUAUUCUUCUGUUUAAACCAAAUCAAUUUCAAGAUUCGUCUCUUUCUAUUCAUACAUCCAUGUCUGCUUUCAACACCCCUAGGUUGGUUCUUAACAAGUUCUUGGCUAAAUCUCAACGUGAAGGUCAAGGUGCUAUUGUUAGAAGAGGCAUUGGAAGAGCUGAGUUGAAGAACUUUGAUCCUUUUCUAUUGCUUGAUCAUUUCUCAGUGUCUCCUCCCGGAGGAUUUCCUGAUCAUCCACACAGAGGUUUUGAGACAGUCACCUACGUGCUAGAGGGAGGGAUUACUCAUGAAGAUAAUGCUGGUCACAAGGGUACAAUAAGAAGUGGUGAUAUUCAGUGGAUGACUGCAGGUAGGGGAAUUAUUCACUCUGAAAUGCCGGCGGAACAAAACAACAAUGGAUUGCAACUUUGGAUCAACUUAGCGGCCAACGAAAAAAUGAUUGCGCCAAACUAUCAAGAAAUUCUAAGUGAGGACAUUCCAUCCGGCGAAAAAGAUGGUGUUGAAGUGCGAGUAAUAGCCGGAGAAUCCAUGGGAAUAAAGUCACCGGUCUACACAAGAACACCAACCAUGUACCUAGAUUUCACCAUGAAUCCCGGAGCUCAGAUGAAUCAAACCAUUCCCGAAUCAUGGAAUUCUUUGGCAUACAUAAUUGAAGGUGAAGGUGUUUUUGGAUCACCAAAUUCAUCACCAAUUUUGGCUCAUAAUGUCAUUGUUUUCACACAAGGGGAUGGAGUUAGUGUUUGGAACAAGAACUCUUCGAAGCCUUUGAGGUUUUUGCUGAUUGGAGGACAACCUUUGAAUGAACCUGUGGCUCAAUAUGGUCCUUUUGUCAUGAAUACUCAAUCUGAGAUUGAGAAAACUAUUGAAGAUUAUCAUCAUGGUAGAAAUGGCUUUGAGAUUAAGCUAAAUUAAAUACCUCAAUAGUUAGUUUUAUAUUACUUAGCUCGAUUUAGCUAAGCAUUAUUUCAUUUUAGGAUUUAAUUUAUAUACUUCGUCAGCGUAAAAAAAUUACAUUUUCAAUUUUCAAUCGAUCACAGUCGUUUGAUUUUUAAAAUCUCACUUGUGAUUGAUUUACGGUUAUGCUGGUUACGUGACGGAGUAUCAAAAUUAAACUCUUUUAUUAUAUUUAUAUGAAAUAAAAAUAAAAAGAAUAAGAAGGUUUUGUUUUCUAUCA